CCAUGGGAUUGGUAUCAUUUGAGGACGUAGCUGUGAACUUCACCAGGCAGGAGUGGCAGGAGCUGAACGCUGCCCAGAGAGCCCUGUACAGGGAUAUGAUGCUGGAGACCUACAGCAGCCUGGUGUUCCUGAAGCUCUGCGUAGCCAAGCCUAAGUUGAUCUUCAAUUUGGAACGUGGAUGUGGGCCGUGGGGCCGAGCAGAAGCUGCGUUGCGGAGCCACCCAGAUGUUGAUGAAGUAAGUGCCCUGAUUGACACCAGCAAGGAAAAUCCUGAGAUACAUUUGGGAUAGCUUGAAAUAACUGACCAAGACAUGAUUAAAGGAAAACUAAAGACUCAACCGGAAGUACAUGGGCCAAAAUCCCGUCAUGGUAGAGCACCUGUCAAAACACUUCACGAAAAGUUAAAGAAAAGCAAGACCCCUACAUCACACCGAGAUGGGAAACUCUACGAAUGUAAGGACUGUGGGAAAACUUUCUGUAAUAACUCAACCCUUAUUAAGCAUCACAGAAGAACUCAUAAUGUAGAGAAGCGCUUUAAUUGUACUAUAUGUGGUAAAACAUACCACUGGAAGUCAGACCUCACUGCUCACGAGAAAACUCACAACAAACUGGAGAGGACAUACGAAUGUAAGGAGUGUGGGAAAGCUUUCCUCCGUAAGUCUCAUCUCAAUGUUCAUGAAAGAACCCACACAGGCGAGAGGCCGCAUAAAUGUACGGAAUGCACGAGAGCUUUCUAUUACAAGUCAGACCUGACUCGGCAUAAAAAAACGCACUUGGGUGAGAAGCCCUUUAAAUGUAAAGAGUGCAUGAAAGCUUUUUCUCGCAAGUCAAAGCUCGCUAUACAUCAGCAAACUCAUACAGGUGAGAAGCCUUAUGAAUGUACAGAUUGCAGGAAGACUUUCUCCCAUAAGUCACAGCUCACGGCACAUAGGAUAGCUCACUCAUCCGAGAAUUUCUAUGAAUGUAAAGAAUGCAAUAAGUCUUUCCACUGGAAGUGCCAGCUCACGGCACAUCAGAAGAGGCAAGCAGGAAGAGGCUUCCUGCAGGAAGAACAGAGAACACUGCACGGAGAAGAGCAGGACACUGUGUUCACAGACUCCUUGCGUGACUUAUCUGUCCUCGGAGGCUCCACAGAGGUGGUGUCAGGGAGCUCGGGGGUUAAGAAUCUUGCUGUCUGGGCUAUUGCCAAGGGCCAGUCUUGGCCCGAGGGCCUGAAGCAGCUGAGGAGGCAUGAGCUGGUGUUUGUGGCUCCUGUUGUCACUGAGGGCUGUGAAGAGGCCUGUGGUCUGGGCCGCCAACUGGGGCCAGAAAUUGGGUCCUGCAUCGCGCCCAGGCAAGACAGUGGAGCUGGCCCUGGUGAUGAGAGUGUAGGUGAGCGGGACCUGAGGACCUGGGAGCAGGAGAACUGGCCCAGUUCCUUGCUUCAGGCCACACUGGGUGUGCUGGCCAAGGUAGCGCUGGCCAAGGCAGCGCUGGAGAGCUCACCUGGGUAG